AAGGAACAGUAAGGCCUUUAUAGAGACCCUGAGACGAAUUAACUACAAAAUUUUGUCUGCACAAGAAAUAAAAAAUGGGCUCCUCCUGUUGACUGUCUUACACCACAAUAACAUUUCCAUGUCAAAUGACAAAAACAGCAUCGUCAAAUGUGCAGGCACUUCGGAGGUUUCAUACAAAAAUGAAGAUUACGUUAAUAAAAAAAUGUUGCAAGAUAUUUUUAUGAACUUAUGUCAGGCGAUUUAUUCUAAGUUGGAGUCCAUUUCGUUUCUCCAUCUGUAUGACUACCUGCUGCUCAUGUGUGUGAACGAAGUGAAGAGUAAGGAGGUUUACGCAGGCAUCGUGAAUCGGCUGUCGCACUAUGUUAAUGUUAUUAACAAAAUUAGCAAUGACCUCAACAGGUCAGUCGAAAUGGGGGAGCCCCUCUGCGGGGGGGGAGAAACCGUGGUUGGGAGUGCUUACACGGUUGGGAGUGUUGCCACGGUUGGGAAUACUGCCACACUUGGGAGUGCUUCCACACUUGGGAGUGCUUCCACACUUGGGAGCGCUGCCACACUUGGGAGUGGAAUGCAGACCGGCCAUCCCAGGGAGGACCCACUUGGCCUUGAAGUCGAAUCACUCGACGGAGCGGCACCCGGAUGGACAAACCACAGUACGAGCGGCACGGUUGGCGGCGCGGCCCACGGCGAGGGCGACGAGGUAGAUGCGGCAGACGAGGAGUGGGCGCAAAACAUAGCACAAAGCGACGACUCUCGCUUUCACCUGAGGAAGGACCACCGACAGCACAUAACGAACAACCUGCUCAGCAUCAAAAACAUCCUGCUGCACAAGGUGCUGCUAGUCUACAUGGCGAAAUAUCUGUUCAGCCACAUAGACAGCAACAUUUUGUACGCCCACUCCGACCUGAUCUGCGAAAAUCUGGAGCUAAUGACACAUCAUAUGAUAACAAAUUUUAUUUUCACCAUCGGGACGUGCAAACAUGUAGACGAAUUCUGCAUGUUCAUGUUGGCAAAGUAUGUACAGAAUUAUGUGCACACAUACACACCAAAUGAAAUUAGCAUCAUCGUGAAUACUUAUGCGGAUGCCUCUUUGGAGGACGUGAGUUUUUAUGAAACGAUUUGUGAGCAUAUGAAGAGAAACUUCGAAACCUUUUCCUCUAUUGAUAUUAUCAAAAUAGUGUAUGCAUUUUCCAAAGUGAGGAUUCGAGAUGUUGAGUUGUUAAAAAUGGCAUAUGAAAAGAUAAACAAUUAUUUGGAAGAAAGGGAAAAAAAAAUUGACGAUAUGUGUGUACAGGUGAAGGGGCCAUACGUACAAUGGGAGAGCGAAAAAAAAAAAAAAAAUUUCAGCACACAUUUCAAUGGCGAUACGGUCAUGCCAAUUGGCGGUUUCCCCUAUGGAGGUGACCAUCGUGUGGUGAGCGGUAACAGUGUCUAUGAGGACAAACAAUACAAACGGAAUGUAAAAAGGAAAAAAUAUGUCAUUAACAAGUAUCUGUGCGCGUACGCUUUAAUUGCGGCGGGGAAAUUGGAUUAUGUAGAGGAGCUGGACAAACUAUUUGUACACUUAAAGAAUAGCAUACAUAGUGAAGGCAUCGACAUAAGAGGUGUGUUGUGGAUGCCCAUGGCCAUCACGAGCUUGCUAUGUUCGGAAUGCAUUUUUCACUUCCUUCCCAUUUAUGUAAAUUUAAUUUACAACGCUUUCAAAAAAACGCAGUCCCCCAAACUGCUUUCGCUACUCAUACGAAGGCACAGCAUUUUACUCCACACAAUCGAGACGGACAUCAUUCCGAAGAAAUACAUCAGUAAAAGCACCCUGAACAAUUUGUAUUAUAUUUGCAAAACGAAGAAGGACAACUCGAAGGAGAAGGUGUUCAUUCCAGAUAGCUCCACCUUCCACAUCGAAGUCUCCAACGCGCUGUUAUCCCUGGACAUUGCACACAGGAAGGAGGUUAACAUUUACCCCUUCACCAUUGACAUUUUUAUUAGCAGGUCAGGAGUUGGCUCACAGAAGGGUGGGCAAUCCAACAACGCGCACAGAGACUCACGCAGGGCGGCGGCGCCGCGGAGCUACGGCACGACCAACCUUACCCUUGACCAUACCGCGAAGGAGAAGAAAAGAACACACCCGCACUACAACGACGACAACGACGACAACGACGACAACUACGGCAACUGCGGCAACUACGACCAUGACACCAACUUUGAGCACACAUUCGAAACGAAGAAGGUGAAGAAGAAGUCCAAGAACAAAAACGAGGUGUACACGGACGUGCCAAUCGCAUAG